UCUAUGGGAUUGAAUGUAAAUUUUGUGCAGUAUAAUGUUAAGUCCCCAUAACGCAUUGGAAUUCCAAUGCACGUGUGUGUGUGGGGCUGAAAAUGCACUAUUUCUUCCCCUAAGCUGCCCUAUAAUGGGUAUUUGUCCCAAUACUGUGGCUAAAGUUCAUCGAGUGAGUGAGGAAGAAAGGAGGUAGAGCGUUUGAGAGUGAAGUACAGCAAGCUGCAGCGAUGAAGACUAGCUUGCCGAGUGUAAUCCGGCCCUACAAGCCCACAGAUAAGUCUGCUAUUGUCUCUCUCUUCCGCUUUGGUAUUCUGGAGCAUGUCUACCCAUCCUUCUUCAAAGCCAUGAGUCAUCCGGACCACAUCGGCGUGACCCUGAGCGUCUCCGUGGCCGGAUAUGUGCUCGGAGGGAGCUCGUACUUCCAGGCCUUGCUAUUCGGAGGAGCUUGGGCUUGCUUGGUUUACUAUUGCUGCCACCAAAUUUACGACAGCUUCCUCAAGGCGAAGAUGGAUGUGGAAAUGGCAGAUAUUCAGGCCAAGUUCUUGGAUAACCAGCUGAAUCAUUUCUGGGUGGCGGAGGUUGAGGUGAACGGGAAGUGGAAAGUGUCCGGGCUGCUGGCUGUAGUUGGUGAGAAGGGUGGCGUUUCGAAGGAUGGGUGGAACGCAGACGAUGCAGCGACAGCGGAGGUGUUUCAGUUAACCGUGUCCUACCACCAGCGACGGAAAGGUCUGGGAACCCAGCUGGUAGAGACAGCCGUAGAGUUCUGUAAAGAGCAGGGACUUUCUCGGGUGGUCGUAGAGAUCAGCUCCCCACAGACCGCGGCCAUUUCCAUUUUCCGCAAACUUGGCUUCGCUGUGAAAUCCGAGCACAGCUACAUACAUCCUAACCAUUUGGUCUCAAAACUGGCCAGGAUCAAUGUGAUACGAAUGGAAAAGCACAUUCUUUAAGAUGCAAUGUUAAAUCCAUGGGUUAUACUUUAUUUCGAUCGUCCACUUUAGAUAUUCUACUAGCAACUAUUGUCAACUAACUCUCAGUAGUAGGUGGUACGUUUAGGUGUUAGGGUUCAGGUUAGUAGAAUAAGUUUGUUGUAGUACAUGUUUUAGUAAACAAGUAGUUGCAAAGUUACGUCUAGUCAGUAGAAUGUCAGCAUCAAAAUAAAGUCUUAGCAGAUAUUAAAGGAUUA